AUGGAAGAAAUAAAUACAUUAAUUGUAGAAGGUACAUUUGCUUAUCAAUUAGAAGAAAUUGCAACUUUUAUUGAUACUUUGAACAAAAAAACAGAGGAAGAUUCAUUUGUUGCAGCCUUGGAAAGUAUUUCUAUAGAUAAUAAUAAAGAUUUAUGUUUAGAAAUGCUGGUGAAUAGAAGCAAUGCAUUAUCAAAAUGCAAUGAAAAAGACUAUAAAGCAGCAUGCAACUUAUUUAUACACUUAAUUCGGGAAUCAUCGUCUAUUGAGCGGUUGCUCCCAACAGUACUGUCAAAUUUAGUUAUACCUAAUUUUCCAAACGGGCCUCUUUAUUUUCUUAGUGUUCUGUCAACUCUUUUUAAUAUUUUGCCUUUUAAUUCUAUUUUAAAAUAUGAUGUUUUUUGCAUGAUUCUUCGAGUUGCAAGUGAACAAAAACUAUUUGAUUUUGUUCUUUCACAAAUUAAUGAUAUUUCCGACUGGCUUGAUGAUUGGGGUGUUGAUAGUCAGGCGAAAAGAGACCUUUUUCUUAUCAUUUCAAAAUACGCUUUGGAGUAUGAUAAGCAAAUGUCUCUUGAUUUUAUUAUUAAGGCGUUAUUAACCUAUCCAUCAUCAGAGGCAUUAUCUGCUAGUGAUUUAGCAAGACAAGCCAUUAUUUCAUCUGUUUCUCUUCCAAAAAGAUAUCAUUUUGAUGAUAUUGUAACUCUUGAUGCACUACAGCCUCUUAGAGAUAUAAAUGAUCCAUCGAUUCUUUUAUUAGAAAUUUUUAUGGUUGGAGGGCUGAAAGAUUAUCUUUCUUUCAUUGAUACACACCAGCAUUGGGUGGAUAAUAGUGGACUUGAUCAGAAGAUUGCACUUAAGAAGAUUCAUCAUUUAACCUUGGUUUCGUUGGCUGCUUCUGUUCCAGGAAAGGUUCUCUCAUAUGCAGACAUUGCUGAUGCUUUGGAUGUUGACAUUUCUCAAGUAGAAAUGUGGGUAAUUGAUGUAAUUCGUAUGGGUCUUCUUGAGGGUAGAUUGUCUCAACUUUCAAAAACAUUUUUGAUUCAUCGAAAUACAUACAGGGUUUGGGGGAAGGAACAAUGGAUAGAUUUAAAAUCAAAGCUAUGUUCAUGGGAAACUAAUUUAGAAGGAGUUUUAAAGGUGAUUAAACAACAUAAAACAAAAGUCAAUACAGUUGAAGAUGAAUUGGCUUAUCUCACAUCAUCUGUUGGAAUCGACGUUUAG